CCACACAAGCGCAAAGGGCCCAGAUACGGUCAGUCAUCGCUCAGAUAUAAACGCGAGAGUGUGCUACCACUUACAUUAUAUAAACUUCAUGAUAAUCGUUUAGAAAUGGCUGUUAAUGGAAAAGAUUUGUCAGAGCCUAUCGUGCCUCCUUCGUCAUUAAUACGCCGAGUUAGCUCGCGUUCCAUAAGAAACUCUAUAUCGGAGGACAAAGAAAACGGCGACGUGUCCCCGAAGGGUUCAUUCAUAAACAAAUACAAGAAAACCCCGGAAGCCUUGAAGAAUUUCCACAUUAAUGAUGAGAGCGAAUUGGAAGUACCCGGCACUCCGAUGACGCCGAGAACCUCCACAACACCUGGUCAUGAGAAGUGUACGUUCCACCACGACUUGGAGUUAGAUCACCGACCACCCACCAGGGAGGCGCUUCUACCGGACAUGGCCAGUUCCUACAGGCUUCUGCUUACCGGCUUAGGUGAGGACCCCAAGAGACAAGGUCUCCUCAAAACACCAGAAAGAGCGGCUAAGGCCAUGUUAUUCUUCACAAAAGGCUACGACCAGAGCUUAGAAGAGGUGUUAAAUAACGCCAUAUUCGAUGAGGACACAGAUGAAAUGGUUGUCGUGAAAGACAUAGAAAUGUUCUCGAUGUGCGAGCACCACUUAGUGCCGUUCUACGGGAAGGUCUCCAUCGGGUACCUGCCCCAGGGCAAGAUCCUCGGUUUGAGCAAGCUGGCCAGGAUCGUAGAGAUCUACUCCCGCCGUCUCCAGGUGCAGGAGCGUCUGACGAAACAGAUCGCGCUGGCGGUGACGCAGGCGGUGAGACCGGCGGGGGUCGCGGUCGUCGUGGAGGGAGUUCACAUGUGCAUGGUGAUGAGAGGAGUGCAGAAGAUCAACAGCAAGACGGUGACGUCCACGAUGCUGGGCGUCUUCCGCGACGACCCGAAGACCAGGGAGGAGUUCCUCAACCUGGUGCACUUCAAGUGAGAACGCGUCUCCUAUAUUGUAAUAACAUUGGCUGUUUGUUUUGUAUACUUCACACGCCUAUUUUAUUCGUUGUCUCUUCCUUCUAUUCUCUCCUUGUUUCCGUUUGUCCUAAUUCUAUUUUUUUUGUUUUUUUUCCUAUUGAAGCUCUCUUAUUCUUCUGUUGUGCAAUUCAUUCUUCGAGUGGAUUGUCUUUAUAUUUUAUUGAUAACGUAUUUUUUAUUUAGAUUUAGCCGACAUUCCUUGUUAUUUCUUAUUUAAGUUGUAGCUAAAUGUAUUACACUAAGCAACAACACUUCCGACGUGUUGAGUUAUGCCAAUAUUUUGACUAUUUUUUUUUUUUUUUUGUGAAUACUUUUAAAUUAAGUUAUUUAGAUUCAUACUGCUUUGCUUGGAUUUGUCCGUCAUUUUAUUUUACGUUAUUUUUUUUCAUUCAUUAAUCGAUACCGAUUGUCACAUUAUGUUAUAGCACAAUGUUAAUUAAAUUUCCUGUGAGAGUUUUUUGUGCCAAAUCAACAGAUACAAUGGAUUUUUUAGUUCAAUACGUAUUUUAAUGACCGGUUUAGUUUAAACACUUCUUAUCGGUUACGUCUCGUGUAUUAGGAGGAUAAGUUGUGAACAAUAAAUAGUGUGUUAAUUUAUUUUUUGGGGAUCACGAUGGUACAUAUUGCCCUAAUCAUCGUUUUUCUCAAAAAUUAUUAGGAAAAAGAAAAAUUAUAUACAAAAUAUGAUAUGUUUUUUUCAUUGCGGACCAACGUAAGAAUCUCAAGCAUUUGGCUGACGUUUGAAAUUUUUGCGUAUUUUUUGAAAUGUUGUACACUAUGCCUUAAAAAUAUGUGAAUAUACGAAUUUUUUAUAUAUUGUCAAAUGAGCAUUUGAUUUUAUAAAUAAAUUUUUACUUUAAGUUGAA